AUGCCACAUGCGAGGUCGGAUUCGCCGUCCAGUUAUUCAAGCUAUGCAACAUCGAGCAACUCAUCGACCUUGAGGCGCAAGUUGCAAACUGCCGUCGCCAACCAGAACGGAGGCAAGUUUUCGCGCCGGGAUGAUAAGGAGCAAAAACGAACUCCGAGCACAACGACAUUGCCGCAACGUCCUGCUGCACCCACAGCGGCGAAGGCGCCACAGGUAGACGAAAUCGAAAACUUGCGGGAGAUGCUUGCCGAAAAGCAGCAAGAAAUGGCCGAGGAGAAAAAUCCAGACCGCAAGAAGGACCUUGCAAAAGAUCUUGAGAUCUUGAAACAAUGGCUAAAAGACAAGGAGCAGAAAGCAGAAACAGGGAAGGACGUGAAAGGUGGUAAGGCUUCCGGAGUCAAAGCGCAGGCCGGUGUGGCCAAAACAACCAAAAAGGAGGCCAACGAUGGCAGGAGUGCCCCUGUACAGAAGAAGCAAGCCGAGGCACCAAGCCAGAAGGAUGGCAAGAACAAGGAGGUUGACAAGAAGUCGAAAAAGGAGACAAAAGAGAAAGCCAAAAAACCGGCCGCUAAGAUAGCAAAGGAACAAAAGCCACCUGCAGGAGACAUGGCGGCAGACGACCAGGCGGAAACGAAGAGAUUAAAGAAGACGCCCGACGUCCAAGAGGCAUCGACGAAGGAAGAAACGGCAGAGGCAAAGAGCCAAAGCCAACUCGAGAAGGAUCGCCUUUUGCAAAACGACGACACCAUUUCGCAAGCCAGGAGCGAGAUUGAGCAAACGUGGAAGCAGCAGAAGACGGAGGCCUGUGUUCCUGCUGUACCGUCUGCCGUGGAAACUGCGGAACCGGCGGAGAUGGCGACUGCGGCCCCUAAGCAGGACGCGCCGCCCCAAGAAUUCGUGCUGGCCAGCGAGGCCACCACCUUGAUGCCGUCGGAGAAGGUGCCCCCCUGCGAACUUCCUCUGUGGUGCGUGAUGCCGAACCCGAGAGACGUGGAAAGGGUCUUGGAAAUUGUGAGGCAUGUUCCUGGAAGCAGUGUCCCCUCGAAGCGCAUGAGGUUGGGACGUCGCGCCUGGGCACUCCUGGGGCGGAGGCUGCAUGAAGCGCAAGCUGCAGAAGCUCGGCGAGCAGGUGUGCCCCAGCCUGACAUUGGCUUGGCCUGUCCUUUGUCGUCGAAAGCCCACGCCGUCGUGCUGCAGAAUUGGACGGGCAAGAUCUUCUUAAAGGAUCUCGGUUCUGCCCAUGGAACUUUCCUGGGCGGAGUACGAUUGAAUCCUCAUGAGCCUUUCGAAUGGCAAGCUGGGACGAAGGCUUUCUUUGCGGAUGCCAGCACCGAGUUCUUCGAGCUAAGAGCAGCUUGA